UGGUCUGGCCUUAAUUUCUCACCGCUUUCUGCAGGUACAAACGAGCGUCCUGCAGCAAACAAAACCGCGUCCUCGAGCACCUUCCAUCUACUCCAUCGCUGCCUAACUACCAACCCCUCGAGAAUCUUCACGCCGCACUGGCUCGUACGGAUACGCGCGAGUUACGAUAGCCAAAGCACCUCGAAGCUCCUCACGAUCCGCGAUGUUUCGCCGGCAAGAGAACACGCUCGAGGCGGAUCCCAAGUAUCCUGCCAACCUUAAGGAGCUGGGGUACUUCAUCGACAACAGCAGUUAUGGGUGCAUCCGCAACAUCGAUGCUCCGGAGCAGUACUUCGACUUCUUCCACACCAACAAUAACCGACACAAUCAGGUCCGCGGCGAGGCUAUGCGAACCUGCCAGCGUCGGGAGGUCUUGAAACGUCUGUCCGCCUUGGGUAUCAAGCACCUGUACCUCCCGGCUCUCACCUACACCAAGCCCAACGGACCGCACGUGCCCAUUCUUGCACCUCCAGCCGAAGUCCUCAAGACGCGCAAGCGCGUCAUCGUGAUCAUCAACGACGACUGCUAUCAAGAUCUAGGAGUCUUGGCGUAUCGGCUGCUACAGCGGGAGCUAGGUCUCAACGGUGGCUCAGUUGUCAACUUCGUAAAGGAGAUCAUCGGUCGCGCGAAUCCGGACCCCGAGUUCGCUAAGGGACUCUCAAAAGAUGGCAUCAACGUCCCGGAUGACGAGCAUACUCCGGGACUGAUAGUAUUGAACAAUACCCAGCUGCUCUACUCACACAAGUUCAAUCAGGCGCUAUCCAUCCGCAGCUGGAACGCUCUGCCCCGGAAGUCCGUUAGCCAUGACGAGAUUGCCAUCCACCCGGAGGAAAACCGCGUCGAAGGCCACCGUAACCCGCAAGAGCAUAUCAAAUCGGUCUUCGACACUGUCAUCAACAACGCUAACUUUGUGGCUCCAGACGCAGAGGUGUACGUGAUUGGGAUCGAGAACGGCACCGAAAACUUCAUGGAUGUUCUCAGUGAACACUUUGAGAAGUAUGGGUCGCGCGUUACCGCCAUGGCGGUCAUCUCCUCCCUCAUGAAUGGCUCGCAGAUCAGCAAUCCCGCGCUCAAAGCAUUCAUGCACCAGCGAGCCCGGCAGUGGAAGGUUGCUCACAAUGACGCCAUCGACCCUGCGGAGUUGACUGAGCUGCCUGUUGACUACGUCGGGGCUCCCCCAUUCAUCUCGGCGCCCGAGGAACAUCAGGCCAUCAAUUGGCUGGAGAAGCUCUCUCCCUCUUCGAUGCUCCUCAACUAUAUCCGAGCUAGUGCAGACCGCUUGAGCUCGGCAGUCCAGUCUCGCUCCGAGCAGCAGGAUAAACCUACCGAUGCGCUUGAGGAACCCGCGAAGUCGUCCAAGGAUACCGCAGCCGCUACCUCCUCUAACACCUUCCUCGACAGCAACCCAAUAUGUCCCACCUUCGCCGGCGGAGACACCUGGAUCGGCGAGUGCGUGCUCGCACAGCCCAACGUCCAGCAGGCCGUCAUGAACUUCUUCGAGGAAGUCGCCCAGGAUCCAGCCAACUACCGUAAUCCCGAGUUCAAGCUCAACAACGUACCCCAGCCCACGCCCGACAACCCUCUCACGCUAUCCGCGGGGGAUGCCGCUGCAGAGGCCGCAACUCGCGACGGACUCCCCGCGGAAAUGGUGUCUGAGGAGCAACCAGCACUCGACAAAGCAAAAGCAGAAGUCGAGGAGAUGAGGGCCGCGCUCAGCGUCACGCCUGCCGACAACCCAGCUCUCACGGCCGGUUUGCAGGGGUUGAGAAAGCGAUUGGUGAAAAAGGAGGCCGAUGUACUUCAGCUAGAAAAGAAAGCCCUGGUGUCUGGUAGUCUCAAAGCCGGUGCAGCCCAGCAGCAGCGGGGAAAGUGGGCGAGCCAAAGGACUGGUGAGCAGUGGGAAGCGAAGAAGACGGGUCCUGCGAUUCCAUUUGCAGGUGUGCAGUUGGAUAGCGAGGUUGUCAAGGGGGCCGGGCUCACUGCUACCGUCGAGGAGGAGCUGGAGAAGCUCGAUAUUGAGGGCUAGGGGUCCCCGAGCGGCCGGCCACCCUCUGGCGGGAUAUCUUUGGAGUAAGGGACCGGUUAUGUGGAAUACCCGCUGAAAGCCUUUGUUCUGCACAAUCCCAUGGCGAUGAAGAGAAGGAUGCGCAUUGCACUCGGCUCGAUGUACCAUGUAGCCACUAUUAUAGACCAAAGGUAUCCAGCUCAAACAAAGGGUAAUAAUGGAUAUGCCCCCAAAACGCCCCCAAAUGCACGCUUGUGAUUUUCUUCUACUCCCGUAGCCCACCCCUCCACCGCUAUCCCCGCUCACACAUCCUUGAGCAAGUCAUCCAAAUCGUCGUCGUCCCAGGCGCCGCCGCCGCCCCGCCUGUUGAUCACAAUCUUGCUCUCCUCCUUC